GAGGUGCCCGGUCUGACAGAGAGUAUCUUUCUCAAAACACUUUCGGUUGCCCAGCCCUUUCUGGGUGGCCUGGUAACAGUGGGGCAGUGGAAAGGCCACUCACGAAGCUGUUCGCUCCACUUUCUAACACGACUGUUGCUUUCCUUUCUCACCACCGCGUCCUAUGCGGCAGGGUGUCUGCUGCAAGGGCCCCCUUGGAUUGAAAAAGAAAUUUCUCGAGACAUCGGGACUGCGACCCAUACAGACGAAUUUUCACGUAUGUUCCGGGGCUGCGAAGACAUUUUCGACCUAAGCUUUUCAGCCCGGAUUGCGACGCUUCCUAUCGCAGCGGAAGGAAGUCCGGCCUGCCUGUGCCAGACCCUGCCCAAUCCCGCCGCGCAUCCGGGGACGGCUGUUGGGUGUUAGGCCUCUACCUUCCUAACCGCCUUCCGUGGCAGCAGGCGAGGGCCUGGAGGGCCCGCGCCGCUAUGCGAUUUCGGGCUAAGAUCGUGGAUCUCGCCUGCCUCAGCCACUUCAGCCGUAUAAUUAACACAAUCGCCAAGUUAACCAAGACCUGCAUCCUGCGCCUUACUGUCUGCAAGCUGUAUUUCAUCCUCUCCGAUAAAGUAGCAAAUGGAGGCGCCAGUCUGUGGUGUGAGCUGAGCCAGGGGAAUUUCUUCAAUGAAUUUCAGAUGGAAGGAGUAGCUGCAGAGCACAAUGAAAUCUAUUUAGAGUUUGUGCCUGAGAACCUAUCGAGAGCAUUAAAAACUGCCCAGAGUGCUAAGGCGGUGAAGAUCAAGUUGACUAAUAAACACUGUCCCUGUCUUAGAGUUGCUGUGGAGCUACCAUCCUUAUCAAGCAGCAGUAGGAUUGUGACACAUGACAUUCCUGUGGGAGUUAUUCCCAGAAGAAUGUGGAAUGACUUCAGAGAACCCAGUGUGCCAGACUUUGAUGUCAGUAUUUACCUACCAGUGCUGAAAACAAUGAAGAGUGUUGUGGAAAGAAUGAAGAAUCUCAGCAAUUUCAUUGUGAUUGAAGCAAACUUGAGUGGUGAAAUGAACUUGAAAAUAGAAACUGACUUAGUAUCUGUAACAACACAUUUUAAAGACCUGGGAAAUCCUCCCUGGGCAUCAGAGGAUGGAUGUCAAAGUUCUGCUCAAGGCAGAGAUCUGGAAAGUGUGGCUGAAGCAUGCGUAGACAUCAAGAAGCUGCAGCAGCUGCUUGCUGGACAGCAGGUCAAUCCUACAAAAGCAUUGUGCAAUAUUGUACAUAAAAGAAUUGUCCACUUCAUCUUGCUCCAUGAGGAGGUUUCACUUCAGUAUUUUAUUCCAGCAAUUGCCUGAGUGUUUUCGAAUCUUGGUCAUUUUCCAGCCUGGGGCCUCUUUCAUGAAGUCUGAAAUCUUUCCUGAGUUGCUGGAAUAUUUUGAUGUGAGACACUGUUAGACGUAGCCAUCAGAUGGACAUUAUUUCAGUAUUUAUGAAAGUGUUCAAAAUACCUCCUCAUCCAGACAACCAUUUUUGUGAAUAGUUAUAUGCUGUGAGAGACACAAUGUUGGGGAGCAUUGGUCUAUCUUACUCUUAGGAGGAGCAAAACUAAAAUUUGCCUUAGCCACAGGUCAAAGCAUCCCAAAAGCACACUCAAUUAAAUACUUCAGUCUCCUCAGAAAACUAAAGGUAGAAUUCACCUCUGGAGCUGCUGCUGUGUGUAUUCAGUAUUGAGCAAUGCAAUCCACGUUAAGGGAUCUCUGUGCAAGCUAUCAUAGCUCCAUGAAACAGGAGAGCCUUCUGGAGGGUUGCCUGAUUGCUGUUUGCCUGGACAAGUAUGCACAACCCUCCUGAACUGGUACAGAAUUGAAUUGUGUUCCAGCAGGCAUCUUUUGAUUAGACUUGCUCCAACAUAUCUCAGUAGAUAUAUGUUCAUGCUUACUCUUUGUUUAACUCUUGGCCUGAGAGGAUAAGCAAAAGAGUCUGGAUUACUUUGUUAAUGUGGGCAGUGAAAAUCCGUAUGUACAGAAUGAAUACCAUAUGAGGACAUGCAUGAGCACACCAAUUGGUGUGAAAUAAAGAACAAGUUAUCCGUGGA